GCCCACGGCGGGCCCCUGUUCUUGGGUUAAGCCCAAGAAGGGCCCCUGUUCUCGAGUUAAGCCCACGGUGGGCCCCUGUUCCCGAGUUAAGCCCACGACGGGUCCCUGUUCCCAAGUUAAGCCCAUGGCGGGCCCCUGUUCCCGAGUUAAGUCUAAGAUGGGCCCAUGUUCCCAAGUUAAGCCCACGGCGGGCCCCUGUUCCUGAGUGGAGCCCUGUUCCCAAGCUGUUUUCAUCUUGGGAACCUAAAAUGUCCCUUGUGGGGACAUUUGGACCUCAUAACAUAGGUAAUACCAGAAGUUUGUUCCUGUCUUUGCUUCAGAGCUGCAAUAGACUUCAGCUUCAGUGUCUUGUGGAGGGAACAAGGUUCAUUUACAGCAACAACAUGAAGAUCCUUCAGCUUCUGUUCUAUUUGGUAAUCUGUUGUAAAGCUGCAGUUUCAGAUCUUCUGACUGAUUUGGGAUCAAAUGUGACCAUAAGCUGUGAUCUUGAUGAAAAUGAGGUUUAUUGGAUUUUACUGAAAACAGCAGAUCCUCCAACACUGAUUCUACGAAUAUUUCCACACCCCAAACCACCUUUUUACCCAAAUAAAUCAUUCAGAAACAAAUAUUCAGUGCAGUUUAAACAUCGUCUGGUUAUUAAUAAUGUGACUGCUGAUGAAUUAGGAGUUUAUUACUGUAUGAACACACGCACUCCUCCAAAACUCAGUAACAGCACAAGAAUAUACUUCACCGAAUCAGCUCAUCUAACUGAGUGUCACAAUCACACAGUUCUGGAGUUUAUUGAUCAGAAUCAAACACAAUCACAGAUUAUUAUCAUCAUAUCUGCUCUGAUGAACGGGCUUCUGAUCAUUCUGCUGAUCGGAGUAAUAAAAGUUUUUGUUGUUGGAAAAAGAAGUUCAGCAGACAAAUCAGAACAAAUCAAUACUAAUCUACAGCAGAUGCAAGUUAUAGAACAGCAUCAGGACCCAAACCUAUUACAGUACGCCGAGGUGGAUUUUUCCAAGCUGCGUAGAAAUAUUCGGUCAAGCCAAAUCAACAGCACCUAUGCUGCUCUAAAGCCACCAAAAUCAUAAACACGUGUAUGACUGCUGUUGUUGAUGUUCAUGUAAACAUCUAACCACAAACUAGUAGACAGAUUUAACCUGCAACAUAACAGCCAGCCUAACAUUCUACAUCAGAAGAUUUCAAACUGGGUCGGUAGAAACAUUUUUAAAAACAUAGUGUAAAAAUGUGUUUUUGUUUUGGUUUGUUUGUAAAUGUAUUAAAAUGUUUAAUUUGAUUGAAUGUGAUCAAAUGUUAUAAUAUUUCUGCCUCUUCAAAAUAUUACCGCUUCAUUCUGAUAUCUAAAAGUUUGAAAACAUUAAAUGAAUCACACAUGUAUUGAAAGCUAUAAUUUUAUACUUAUUUUAAGGUUUGUAUAGUACAUGUAAGAUUAUUCUAAUAAUGGGCAGGGAAAAAUAUGCAGUUUCUUAACAGAAAGUAAAUAUUCAAAUUUUAAUUAAUAUUUUACUUUUAUUUAAAAUAUUGUUAUUGUUUAAUAUUGUAUGAACGUCACAAUGUUAUACAUGAAAGUAUAUAACUCCCUUUAUAUUUUAGGGAAUCGUCAUAUUCUGGAAUGUGUGGCAUCAAACGUAUGGAACCCCUGUUUCAAAUUAAAUAUUAUUUAGAA